UAUCUGUUAGUGUAUGUCAGUGUAAGCCAGAAAUCUGAUCCUGAAAUCUGUGAAGUGCUGAAGGAUGAUGCCCUGGACGGGUAGUGCUGUAUUCUCCCUCCUGCUGGCUGUGGUUGGAACUGCAGUGUCCAGCAGGGAGCUGCAGUGCUCCGUGUGGCCUGUGGGGGCGCUGCAUCCAGUGCAGGCUCAACUGGAGCGCUUUGAGUCGGGAACAGGCUGUGUGGCCAGAGAGGGCGGAGCUAAAGAGACCCAUGUGAUUUCUGUGGGCAAAGCCUCCAAUAAACAGGUCACGGUGGUGUUGAGACCUUUGUCCAUCUCUCGUCCCGUCAACCGGUUAGUGAUUCUGGUCCUGUGCUCCCAGCAUGCUGUGCGUUGGUUGUUGGAAAACGAAGGACUGUCGCACAACAUCAACGUGAGGGUGCAGGUGUGUGAUGUUGCUUAUUGUUCCACACUGACUCACUGA